AUGCCUCUUCAGGUCUUUGCCCUUCUGAUCGAUGUGUCACACAGUGAGGGGCUGUCAGCACCCCCCGCCACAGGCCGAACAACGGACAUCAGCACCGAUUCACCAAGCCCCACUCCUCUUGUAGGAGGAGGAGGAGGAGGUGAGAGGGCAGAGGGAGGCCAAGAGGAGAGGCAAGUUGUCCGGGAACUGUGGUUCAUUGUAGUGAUGGCAGGCAUUGCCCUACUGCUGCUCGCCAUCGUGCUAGCUGUUGUGCUUCAUAAGGCCCUGAACAAACCCCCAUUCAGCAGAGAGAGACCUCCAUUGGUGGCCCUGCCCAUGCAGAAGAGGAGUCCCAUGGCUAUCUACCCACCCAGCAACUCUAUGUUGUUUGAUACUGUGCCUGACACAACAGGCUUCUCUAACAGUGUAACGCUCAAGGCCUUCACCAUGAAGAUGGAGGAAGUGCUGGAAGCUAAAUGUGAGCCUGGAGAUGAGGAUCCUCCACAGGGUGAGUUGGGCAUCCUCAGUGUGAACUCCCUGAGGCGCAGCGUCAGCCAGGUGAUGGAUGGGAAGUCACUCACUGGAGACGAUGACGUGUGGGAUCCCAACAUUUCAGGCCAUGACAGUGGGAUGUUUAUGGAUGAUGAAGAAUUUGUUGAUACAAUCAAAGGUUUCAGCACAGUGAGGAAGGAGCACACCAUGUUCACCGACACUAACCUGUGA